GCGGUGAGACGGCGGCGGCCGCGGCCGCUCGGGGACCACUGGCAGCGGCGGCAGCUCGCCCCCGCACGCUCCUCGCACCGAGGCUUUCCCCGGAGACCGACCCCCGUCCCGCAGCCCAGGCCGGGGCCCGAACCCAGCGGGUGCCGCGUCUCCACUCGGGGCCUCCAUCGCCUCCAACGAGCCAUGUUCCAGGCCGCCGGAGCCGCCGCCCAGGCCACCCCCUCCCAUGAAGCCAAAGGUGGCGGUUCCAGCAGCACGGUUCAGCGCUCCAAGUCCUUCAGCCUUCGGGCUCAGGUGAAGGAGACCUGCGCCUCCUGCCAGAAGACCGUGUACCCCAUGGAGCGACUGGUGGCCGACAAGCUCAUUUUCCACAGCUCUUGCUUCUGCUGCAAGCACUGUCACACCAAGCUCAGCCUGGGCAGCUACGCGGCACUGCACGGGGAAUUCUACUGCAAGCCCCACUUUCAGCAGCUGUUUAAGAGCAAAGGCAACUACGACGAAGGCUUCGGCCGGAAGCAGCACAAGGAGCUCUGGGCCCACAAGGAGGUGGACCCCGGCACCAAGACAGCCUGAGGCCCCUCUGGACUGCCCGGCCCCGGGUGAGGGUGGAAAGGGGAUGAGGCCAUUUUGCUCAGGCAGAGGGUUGCAGGGGCAGGGCUUUGCUCCCAGAUUCCUUCUUCCUCAGCCGGUGGGGGUUCAGGAACCAGGAUUGGGGUUUGCUCACCACCCUACUUCCUGUUUCUUUCAGCCUACCCCACCUCACCCCAGGGCCCCCCUGGGAGGCCCUCAAACUCAGCUUCCCUAUCUAGGUGCCUUUUCUCCAGCAAGGAGUCAGCAUGCCCCCUCAGGGUCCCAAGCUCCCUCACUGCCACCCAGGGGCCUAUGUGGCCCCCACGUCUCCCCAUCUACCUCUGCCCUUAGCCUGGUCCUGAGCCAUGGAGACUGGAGGAAGGUGAGCCAGGGUGCCCCCUGCUGGGCCUCUCCAAAUGUCCCCCGGGGCCCAGUGUAGGGAGAGGGGAACUGGAACAGCUCUGGGCCCCCUCCACCUGCAGAGGUGAGGCAGGGCGUGCCUGUCAGGGCCAGAACCAUCCCACAGUGCGGAAGCAGUGGAAGGGAAAGCCUCCACCAGGCUGAGCCACGGGGACUGGGGGGGGUGCUGGCGGGGCCACAUUCCCCCUCCUCCCACUUCUGCCGGUUUUGACUGUUGUAAUCAAUCCUAUUUUAAACAUGUUUCGACAGAU